CGAGGGUUUGAGGCCAUGGCUGCCAGCAGCUCCAAUCGUCCAUUCCAGCACCCGUAAACGGUUUGCAAGUACUUCGAAGUACGCCCUUUUUCGAAAUACACGCCGCUAGACCAAAUCAAGAUCCUAGUCGUCAGCGAUGUGAAGGCACUGGCCGUUCGUCCGUUUCUAGAAUCACUCUCCCUAGGACGUUCUUCGCGGUUUCGCCGCCAUGGUUCGAGCGAAGGCUUCGGCGCGGAUUCUGGUUCAAACCACUCGAACCUUAACCCGAUCUUUGAGGUCACGGCCCGCUAUCCACUAUGCGGAGGCUCGUCGAGGCCGUUUAGUUUCGGCGAGGGGAAGAGGAGCGGGACGACAACAAGCAAGACAGCAGCGACCAGAACUGGUUCUGGAGUCGACCGAAGUGAGCGUGACAACAGCCGAGGCCGUUACGACUACUCGAGGUGCUGGUACCAGCACGUCCAGUAGCCAGGGUCUUCCUGCAGCUGUGAUGGAUGCAGCCCUUGUUGCAACGGAAGCGAUUGCAGCUGGUGUUCCCGUCACUGGAGGCGGACAUGCUUUUCAAGCAGCUGCUGAUGUGGCAGAGGAUCUUCCUCCACUUGUGGACACGUCUGCAUGUCAAGAUCUUGACGAAGAGGCGAGGAAGAAGGGUACCAGCAGGGAAAUUCCAGUGACAGCAACUCAUGCUGAGCGUGAUGGAAGACAUGAACCUCUUCUGGAAGAGGAGGAAGGGAUGCGGGAGGAGGAUAUGCAUAUGGAAGGGCCUGCUGACGUGACGCUGGGGGAAGAAACUGGAUCAAAGGGAGGAGGAAGCAAGGGUGGGGUAGGGGAAGAAUUUCCAGUGCUGGAAACUCCAGCAACUCCAGCCAAAGAUGAAGUGACAACGAAGGCAAGGAUUCUGCCAGCAGCAACAGGGGAAGGGACUACAGGUGGUAGCAGUGAAACUGCUGGUCGCUGGGCCUUGAGGUCCCAUGCUAAGGCGCCAGGCAAUGAAGAGAGAGAAAUUGAGGAGGUUCAGGAGCAAGAAACCAGAAGGGUGAAAGUGAGGAUGGACGGCAACGAGGUGACUUAUGACAUCAAUACAUCAGCUCCAUUGGGCAACAUGUUUGCGCUCUUCUGCAAGCGAGUUCAUUUGCCUGACGGUGGGGUGACGUUCUGCAACAACGGCCAUGUUUUACGGGGAAACCAGUCUGUAAAGGAUGCUAAGCUUGCUAAUGGCUCCAUCAUUGAGGGUUACAUUCAAAAGCUAGCCGGCUAGGGAGAGACUAAAUUGUCUGGAUGGGUCUGGACUGGACUGUUGUGUUUUGUAAAUAUCCCCGUCAUCUUGUAUUUGAACGUUUUACAUGAAUGUCUGAUGAAGAUAGAUGUUGCUCACCUUGAACAUUUUACAUU